AUGCUCCAUGUUCGAUCCAUAAAGUCCGGUUUUACACUACCAAUCAUAACCUCUAAUCAACUCAUUAAUGUGUACUCCAAACGCUGCCUUAUAAAUGAAGCCCAGAAACUGUUCGAUGAAAUGCCUCAAAGAAACAUUUACUCUUGGAAUACAAUGAUCUCUGUCCACAUAAAAUCCCGGAACAUAGCAAAAGCAAAAUUUAUUUUUGAUUCUGCUCCUGUUAGGGAUUUGGUCACUUAUAAUAUUAUGUUAUCGGGUUAUGUUAAUGUGGAUGGAUAUGAAAGAAAUGCCCUUGAUUUGUUUGUUGAUUUGCAAAGUAAGAGAAAUGAGAUUGGCAUUGAUGAUUUUAGUGUUACAAGUAUGGCAAUUGCAUUCAUAUAUGCUGAAAACCGGUAA